CCCAUCUUCUCCCCAUCUUCUCCCCAUCUUCUCCCAUACGGGCUUGUUGGUAGGCUGCCCGCAGGACUUCGGAUAAGAGGACUCUUCUGGUGUGGAUAGGGCAACGCUCUGCCUGUUAUCCAUGUAGAAAGACGGCUUCGGGCGUGGGUGGAACAGCGCCCUCUACCUGUGGCCGCGGCAAAAAGUGCCUUUUCGGACGUGGGUAGGCCGGCGCUCUGCCUGCGGUCUAAGCAGAGGGGUCUCUUCGACCGUGGAUAGAGCGACACUCUCUCUGCCUGUUGCCCCGCCAAAAGGCCUCUCUCUUCGGGCGUGGAUAGGGCUGUCACAGCGCUCUGCCUACGGUCCAAGCAGGAAGGACCCCAUCCCGACCGUGUGUUAGAGCAGCGCUCUACCUGCGACCGCGGCAGAAGUGUCUCUCCCCAGACGUUGUGUAGAGUAACACUCUGUCUGCGGCCCCAAAACAGAUGGACCUCUUGGGAUCGCGGAUAGCGCAUCGCUCUACCCGCGGCCGCGGCAGAAGGGCCUCUCCAACCAACCGUCGACAGAGUAGCACUCUCUCUGCCUACGGCCCCAAGCAGAAGAAGGGCCUCUUCGGUAGUGGAUAGCGCGGGCGCUUUGCCUACAGUCCCAGCAGAAGGGGCCUCUUCGACCGUCGAUAGAGCACCCGCUCAUCCAGCCAGCCAUCCGCCGCUGGCACCGUCCCCCCCAUCAGUCACAUUGCCAUCUCCACUUUGGCAUCCGACAAGUCCUCCUUGCUAUGCUCACGACAGGAGGAGGCCAUCGCAGCUUUCGCACGGGGGGGACCAUGCAUGAAUGGAGGGGGGUUUCCCAAAUCACAUUUUGGUCCCGCGACAAGAGACGUAUUCCAGACCGCAAGCUCGCGGCCUGAUAGGAUCGUGUGCGUUGCGUUGCCAGGGCAGCAGCAGCCACGGCACGGCCAUCACCACUACCUACCCCUUAUCACUGCCGUCACACACUUUCAAUCUCGCAUGGCACAUCCGCCAGCACCAUCUUCCGGGGAGGGUGAGGGAUACGAUAUCACACCGCUGGGCCCGGGCCAAUGCCUAGCUCGCCAGGCCACACACCGUGGGGCAUCUCGACGUCCUUUCCGUUCCCACAAAGCCCCUCUCACCUUGCGCGAUCAAAGAUCACCGGGGCGAGGAGUCCGGACUCCCGGGGUGGGGGUGGUUGGGAAAGGAUUGGGCACGACAAGGGACGGGGGAGGAGGAGGAUGAUGGCCAGUGGGCGUUGUGGUUGGGUGGCUGCUUGCCAACCCGGGAGGGCGCAUAUGGCGAGAUGCAAGGGAUGAUGAUAGCACGAGAAGGGCGGUGGAAAGAAGACAGUAAGCACGCGGCCUCGACAGUUUUGCCCCCUUGCUACUGGCAGAUCAAUCGCCGAGAGAAAGCCACAAGCCGCUCCUGUGUCUUUUGCUUUCAUCUCUCUAUCACGCCUCUGGACGUCCGCCAUCGGCACUGCGGCACAUACCUGGUGCACACACACACAAACACACACACACACACACACACCCAGCCCGCGCGCCGCCGCCCAAAGAGGCAACCGCGUCGUGAUGCCUAGCAUCUAUUCGCCGCUCGUCGCCGUUCCAACCAGAUAUCAUUUAUCUGAUGAGGGAACCCAGAUCAGAGGAGGAGGAGGAGGAGGAGGGGGCCUGGCACAACCAAAAAAAAAAAAAAAAAGAUAUGCCCAAAAGGGUUCCUCCAAAAUGUCAACACGUCCAUUAUGCGCAGGUUUGGGGACUGCAUCCUUUGCAUUUGGGAAACAUUGCGCGUGCCUUUCCAUCAACCAGACAGCCCAGGUCCAGGCUCGCGCACCCCUCUCGCAAAAAAGGCACGGCUUCACAACCAGCAUGUGCCUAUCUUGGGGCGCGGGCACAGGUGGGUGUGGUAAUGUAUUCAGGGUAGCCUUGGACCUUUUUGUGCCUGGCGAUGGGUUGAUGCCUUUUUUUUUUUCGCCUCGUCUGCCUUUUUUGUUCUUUUUCUUCCUAUCCAUCCCGCGCAUCGCCGGUUUUGACGUCGUUUCACUUAGAACGCGCCUUUUUUUUUCUUCCCUCUUCUCCCCGCUUUCCUUUGUGUUGCGCGCAUCAAUGCCGGCCGUGCUAUACUCUGGCCACACGCUCCGACAAUGCUCCCUCCCCCCCCGCUCAUCGAGCCAGUCGGGACGACGGGCCACUCAACUCGGUGUGCUGGGCUUGCAGGCUUCUGCGCCGCCCAUUCGUCCACCGGCCUAUACUGCUCGGAUGGGUUGGAUGGCAGCUGCUGUGGCUUGGCCCCUAUCUGGGCGAGCCAAUCGACGCGGGUACCGGCCGCCUGCAGCCCAUGAUUUGUCCUCGCCUGUGAAGCGAACCCGUGCACUGCAACCCCCCCUCAAACCACCCAAACUUGAAGGGCAGCAGCGCAGGAGGGCGCUCUAUUGGGUCCCCGGGUGGUGCAAGACAUCAAUCUCGUACAUAUAUGCUUUGGCUAAUGCACCCGAUUACGAGCCGCGAGGCACCGGAUACGGACCCUUGUGUGGCCGCGGGGGUUCCAUUCUCUUGGCCAAGAUAUGACAGUGGCCGAUGUUCGCAUGCGACCUAGCCGGGAAUGAUGCUACAGUCCGUCUGGCCUCGGCCGGAAACGACUAGUUACAGCUCGCUUCUGUCUUCCGAAUGGCGGGCUGGCCGUGGGAGCAGUCGCAGUCGCAGUCGCAAUCGCAGUCGCAGUCCCACAAACGAGCAUACACACACGCGCAUACACACACGCGCACAUCUGUCAUUCUUCCAGAAUGGAACGUUGGUCUAUCUACUCGACCGUCCCCACAAGAUGUGACUGCCAGUGACUGCCAGUGACUUCUCAUUCGCCGGUGGAAACAGUCCGGCCGAAAAUAGAUCCGCGCAUGGUCUCGAAGCCGCCACUAGGCUAGCUAGCCUGGGCACACCGAGCCGGGCAACCUUUCGGGGGCGCGUCGGUCCCGCAACGGAGGCGCCGGCAUGGCGGCGGGGAGCGAGCCAUUAGCGGCUUGAUUUGUGGCUGCGUGCUGGUCCCCUGUGCGUUGGUGGCUUUGUUGGUUGGUGCAAAAUGCCAUUCUCCAUUGUUCCUCAUGUGCCAUGUGUGCCAUGUGUGCUCAUCCCGUGACCGUCACGAGAGCGUGGGCCCGUUUGUGGGAUACACAGUGGCACAUGGAUGCAUGACCCCAAGCCGCGACAUGUGGAACACAUGAGGUGAUAGGGCCCAUGUUACAACCCCCCCAGACCGUCUGGCAGGCCUGCGCGGAGCGACCUGUAUGGCUUGAUGGACUUGUAGGCACGCGCGAUGUAGG